UGCUGAAGAAACGUCUGGUGAAGCUUGUGGUCAACUUUCUCUUCUACUUCCGCACGGAUGAGGCAGAGCCCAUUGGAGCUCUGCUGCUGGAGCACUGCAGGAUCACCAAAGAGGAGGAGAAUGUCUUCUCCAUCAGUUUCAUCGAGGAGCCAGAGAUGAAAUACUGCUUUGAGUGUGCCAGUGAGGAGCAGUGUCAGGAGUGGGUUGAGGCACUCAAACGAGCCAGCUACGAGUUCAUGAGGAGGAGUUUGAUCUUCUAUCGGAAUGAGAUCCAGAAGAUGACAGGGAAGGACCCCCUGGAGCAGUAUGGGAUCUCGGAGGAAGCACGUUUCCAGCUGGGAGCACACCACCCUCACCUGGGCUGA